AUGGAGACCACACUCGGCGACCUCGUUAUCGACUUAUUUGUAAAGGAACGACCGAGAUGUACAAUUUCGUGGCACAAUUCAUAAAAAAAACUAAUUUGCAAUUGUUGCAGGCGCCACAAAUUUUCUGAAAUUGUGCAAAAAGAGGUAUUACAAUCUGAAUCAGUUCCACAGUAUCGAACGGAAUUACGUGGCACAAAGCGGCGAUCCGACGGGCACCGGAAAGGGAGGCGAAUCCAUUUUUAGGUUUUUUUUUUUGAAAUUUAUCAAAGUACAAUUAGGGGGCGCAACAAAGGGGGCGUGGCCUGACGAAUUUUCUCCCGAUUUUCGCGCGCGCGUGUUUGACGGUCUGUACCGAGGUCCCCAAAUGAAGUACCAUACCCAAAACGAUUUACUUUAUGUAAUCGACCAUGCUGAAUCCAAUGAACAACUCAGUUUCCCGUGAAAACGCACCGUUUUUCCAAAAAACGGCGAAAACGAAAAUGGAAGUCAGUCUGAGAGCCUGUGUGGCCAAGUUUAUGGGAUAACACGCCUAUUUUCAAGUGAUUCCGAUAGUUUAAGGGAUGGGGAAUCCGUUUUUGAAGUAAAAUUUAGAUUUCCACGUUGCCGAAAUUUUUUAUAGAUCCUCAAACUGCCAGAAAAGUUAGCGGAAAAUUUUCAGCGAUGACCCCUUUUUUUUAAUUUCGGAAUCUAUAGAUACACUCUCUGAGAACCCAAAUAUAAAUUUUGAGAGCUCUAGACACCCUAGGAGCAUUUUUGUGUUCGAUUGAGUAAAGCCUAUUCAGCCGAAAUUUUAGUUUUUCGAGGAUUUGAGGGUCACAGGUACCGUUCACACGGCUAAUUUUUACGGAAUCGGAUUCUGCGUGAAAUUCUCAACAAAAUUCCGUUUAGCAUAAAAAUUUUCCACGUUGCCGAAAAAAGUUACAGUCAGAUAUGUUUCGAAUUUCAGCGCGAAAAUGCACUAACUUCACCCCUGUAAGGGGCCGCGCACACCGAGCUUUUCAACGCGAUUAACGGUGGGCGCGCCUCCACCUGGGUGGCGCAGUGGCAGAGUGCUCGCUCGGCAAUUUUGAGGUUUCGGGUUCGAAACUUUUGACCUCAAAAGUGGUUUUGCUUUUUUAGAACAUCAUUUCUGUUCAUUUAAAAUGUUGACUCUUUGGUUUGGUCCACCAGAUAAUGAGAAAAAACGCGUGCGGCAAACUUGCAAGCGAGGCCACGCCCCUCCCCUGCCGCCGACCCGGGAGAAAACAGGGCAACUUUGAACGGGUGUAACUCGGGAUGUACCGAAAAUUUUGGAAAAAAAAAUUGGGAGCGUACUCAUAUAGAGUAGGGGAACACAUUCCAACAAAAAUUUUAUGAAAAUUCGGAGUUUCGUGAAACCCGUUGCGGUACCUAAGUACAAUAUGAGUUUUGGAACCGAGAAAUCAAUUUGAAACAUUUGGUCAUCUAAUGAAGUUGAUGAAACAGUAAAAAUCGAACAAAUGCUUUUAUUGAAAAUUUUGGAAAGUAACUAACAGAAGCUUCUUUAUUCCCGCCCAUUUUUCAGUGAAAUGUACGGCGAGCCGGGCCGGUACUUUGAGCGGGAGGAUCUUCCAAAAAUGCGCCACACCCGCAUGGGCAUCGUUUCUUUCGUAAACAACGGAGACAACAUGCUCGGCAGCCAGUUCUUCAUCACGUUGGGCGAAAAUCUGGACUAUCUGGACGAGCAGCACACGAUUUUCGGCCAAGUGACAGAGGGAUUGGAGACUUUGGAGCGGCUCAACGAGCAACUGACCGACGUGAAUCACAAACCGUUCAGGGACAUUCGGUACAUUUCUAUGGACAUUUUUAUGGACAUUAUCGAUUUGCUCAUGCAAAAUACGAUAUUACCGAAUAUUUUCGGGGGUUCCUCCAUAACUCUCUUAUUUUUUUGAAUUUUCAGAAUCUCCCACACUAUAAUCCUGGACGAUCCGUUCGAAGAUGACUCCAGAAUCACGUAUCCGUCGAGAUCUCCGUCGCCAACCUAUGAAAUGCUCGUCAAGGUACUGUUUAGAACUGCAAUUUUGAUUUUUGAUAAAACGUGCAUCUAACAAUUGAAGCCUGGAAAGCAAAAUGUGAUUUUGAACGAGCAGAUAAAGAGAAUAACAUUUUGCAGACCGACCAAAUCGCUCUGGACGAAAAAGAGGACGAAGACGAGGGAAAAACGGCCGAGGAGAUUGCCGAAGAGCUGAAACAACGCGAAAUGGCCGAGCAGGCGCAGAUCCUCGAAAUGGUAAAAGUGAAGUGUGAAUCCCCGCAAUAAUUGUCAAUGUUUCUCCAGGUGGGAGAUUUGCGCGACGCGGACGAAGUACCGCCGGAAAACGUGCUGUUCGUGUGCAAACUGAAUCCGGUCACCACCGACGAAGACCUCGAAAUCAUCUUUUCGCGAUUCGGAAAAAUUAAUAAUUGCGAGGUGAGCUCAGAAAGUAUGUCAAAACUAAAUGGUUCCCUCAGAUUGUGCGGGACCGUCGCAGCGGAGACUCUCUGCAGUACGCGUUCAUCGAGUUUGCGGAGGCGAAGAGCUGCGAGAACGCCUUCUUCAAAAUGGACAACGUGCUCAUCGACGACCGCAGAAUCCACGUCGACUUUUCGCAAUCCGUCUCACAGAAUUACAAGUACAAACCGAGUGAGCGCCUUGUUUUGGGGAGAAAAUGUGGCCGAAAGCCCGGCCUUUUCGGCCUCUGCUUUCAUUUUUAGUUGAUAGAUCCUCAAACCGAUUAGAAUUUUCAUUUUUCCUUCACCUACGCAGUGUACGACCACAAUUUGUUCUUCAGAAUCCAAGCAACUUCCACCACCGCCGCCAUCGGUUUCCUCUUCGUUUUCCGCCCGUCGCCCACCACAAUCACCGUCGCAUCGUCGGCACUCGGAAGUGAAACGAUCGCACCGAAAAAGUCCGUCGGAAGGCGAGAAAAGACGGAAAAGACAGUCGCCGUCGCCGAAAAGAGAGCGAAAAGAGGAGAGAAACAGAGAAAACGACAGAAGAGACGAUCGGAGAGACCGGGACCGACACAGGGAGCACAGAGACGAGCGCUGGAGGUUGGACAACAAGCGUUGAAUAAAUUUUUCAAUUUUUCCAGAAGCCCGGACCAUCGUCGUCACAGGGACCGAGAAGAUCGUGAUCGUGAUCGGGAUCGGGAUCGGGAUCAUCGUCGUAACGACCGAAAAGAUCGUCGUUAA